GAAAAAUAUACGUCAAGUGUCGAUGUGUUUUCCCUUGGCCUGAUCUAUAGUGGAAUACUAGAUUCUGAAAAGAACAAGGGCUUGAUUCUUCCUUUACCAGCUGUCAGUCCUACAAUGACAACGUUGCCGAUAGGGGCGCUUCUAGCUCAACCUGGAUCCAAUGUAAAGAUAGCACCAAUAGCAGAUCGUGAUCCUCAAAUUGUCAAAGAUGUUAAACGACUUAUACAUACAAUGGUCGGAGCUACUGCCCAAUAUAGAAUUUCUUCUAGUGAAGUGAAGAAAGAAAUGGAUCGGAUGUUUGCCUCGGUGGAAAAGGGCAUUCCGGCGGAAGGACAACCAAAGGCCCGGCGACGACGCGCACCGCAACCACAACCACAACCAAGGACACAGGAUGCGCCCGAGGUGUCCGAUUCCGAGAAUGCCAUGCAUGAGGGG